CCGUCAAAUGUGCACAAACCACGCCCCCGGCCUGCCUCUGUUUCUCUGCACCAAUCAGAAACAUCCGUUUACGUUACAGCGUCCGAGAAGAUAAUAAGCAGAAGCGUCAUUUGUGGCUCCUCAUUGGCUGUGAGGGUUUCGGUGGGCGGGGAUCAGUGGGAUCAGUGAAUGUUGUGAUUAGAGGCGCUGUAGUUCCGGAGCGGGCAGCCGUUAUAGUGGGAUAUUUUCUAGCUGCUGCAAUAAGAUAAAAUGACUACAGGGGAUGUAAAAGGAGUCCUCCGAAAACUAGAACAGAAGCUAAGGUUACUGAAUUAUCCCAGAGAUCUGGACUACACAGGGUUGGUGAAAGGAGACCCAGCAGCAUCGCUCCCAAUAAUCAGCUACACCUUUACCGGUUAUUCUACAUACAUCGCAGAGAUUUUAGUGUCACUAGACAUUGAGCUUGCUGCGAAGAGUGACCUGAGGUUUAUUGAUGCGGUAUAUAAGGUUCUCCGAGAUGUCUUCCAUUUCAAGCCUGUAUUAACAAAGCAGCAGUAUCUUCAAUGUGGAUUCUCCGAGAGGAAGAUACAGACAGUGUGUGAUAUCAUUGACUGCGUGGUCAAGAAACACAAGGAAAUUGCAGGUCAAAACAAGGUUAAAUUACAACCAGUCAAGAGACUAGCUUUUAUAAAAGAUAAGUGUGAAGCAUUUUAUCCUAGAGAGUCUUGUGUGCAAUCCUCAAUAAAGCCUGAGAAAGAAAAUCAAUUUCUGUUACAGAAAAAAAUCCUGGUGGAGCGUCAUACAGGCACAGACCUUCAUCUGCCUUCCUCACCUGUGGCUAGUGAGGUAUUCCUAUCACUAACAGAAGAAGACGUCUCUGCAUCAGACUGUGAAUCUGAGGAUGUUUGUGAGAAGGAGGUGACAAGGGACACACAGAUAGACUUACUGAAGGCCCAGCUUGCUGAAUGUCAAGAGAAACUUUCAAGGCUUGACUGGAUGGAGGACAGACUGCAGGCGCUGGAGACCAGUAUGAAAGGGAAAAUAAUUGUUGAUGAAACAGACUGGAAUAACCUUCUUAGCCGCGUUCUUCUGCUGGAAACAGACCGCUUAUUGCAGUCGAAAAAGAGAGAUUUGACAUCUGAAUUCACAUCUAUAUGUGAGGAACGUACAUCAAGCAGAAUAACUCAUGAAGUACCUCCUGAUCUGAACAUCAAGGCAGAUAUUUUAGAAAACAACCAUCAGUCAUCUGGAUACAGUUCGCUCCUGUACACAGACUCCUCUCCCUCAGCUAUCAAAUUGAAUUAUAGCAAUCUGACAGAAGACUCAAAGGAAAGCACAAAACAGAGAAUGGAUAGAUUAACAAAAAUGUUGGAAGAAACCUCGAGACUUCUGAAGUUUUCUAGUAGCUCAUAGCAUUGUGGAAUUUCCUUUUUCUUAGAGCUAUGUAUAUCAUAAUUAUUAUUUUUUUUUUUUUGGAAAUGUGUAAAAUAAAGAAUUUUCUACAUAGUAACAUCAUUCCUGUCCCUUUUAUAAAAUUUCUGCUUCGUGACAUUUUUAUGUCUCUGUAUCACAUAUCAGGUCAUAGUUUGCAUCCCGUUCACACACAGCCCGCCUCUGAUUUUUAUUAUUCAUGGUUGUUGACAACUGGCCAUCUGUCCUUCUGUACAGGUUGUAAUGAGAAAAAAAAAGUGAAACUUCUGUAACUUAAAUAGAAACAAAAUUUGAAAUAUAUUGAACAUUUAUGAAAUAUCCAGUGCAUGUUAUUUUCUCACCUUGUCCAUAUGUCGCACAACUUUAUUAACUUUUGUAUCUAUGUAUUAUUUGAUAAAGAUGGAGCAGGGAAAUACGUGUCACGUUCUGAAUAAGUAACUUUAUAUAUUUAUGAAAGUGUGUUUAGAAAGAAGGGGUUAACACUACAGGUUGUGUAUUGUUUUUUUUUUUUUUUACAUUACAAUGCUGUGAUAAAGUAUUUGUCCCCUUGCUGAUUUCUUCAAUCUUUGCAUAUUCGUCACAUUUGAAUGUUUCCGAUCACCAAACUACUAUUAAUAUUAGACAUGUUACCCAAAUAAAUAUAAAAUGUUGUUUUAAAUCGUGAUUUCCUUUAUUGAAAGAAAAAAUAAUGUUCAGCCCUAAAUAAACCUUCUUUUUCUUCCUUCUAAUA